GUGGCUGAAAAGAAUGUUUGUAAAAUGCCUUCCUAGUGAAGCGUGUCCAAAAAAUCGGCAUUGUGGGAGAUAUUAUGGGUCUUUGUGCAUUCAUCCGUAAGCAGCUUUUACCCCAGGAAAUAGUGAAGUGCAAAGUGACUAAAAAUAGCACGCUGUGGAAAACUGAAAACUGAAAAGCUGUGUGUUUAGCCACCGGGGGUCAUCAUAUACACAUAUGUAUGUGUGAAGAAAAUCUUGAGGCCAUUUAGCCAGCAAACUGUGUCAAGUCACACAAGUGACCUUGGUAGAAGAAAAUCCUUUGUGGAAUGGAAUGUAGAUUGACCUGAGACGUUGAGCAGUGCCCUGACUUUUUAUGUCUGUGGAUUUGUCUGAAAGGAACAUACAAGCUGAGUAGGUGGACUUUACAAGACCCUUUUUCUCUCGCCGAUCAAAAUUGAACUCAUGACAAAAAUGGAAACAGACCAACUAUGCUCUGAUGAUGGCGCCUCGUUGGAAGACCAGAGGCUGCAUUCCUUCACUGGUAGCCACUGUAAGACAAUGAUGCAAACACUGAACAGACUGAGGAAACAGUCUUUGCUCUGCGAUGUCACCGUGGUGGUAGAAGGAGUAGAAUUCCCUGCUCAUCGUGUUAUAUUGGCCGCAUGCAGUAACUACUUCUGUGCAAUGUUUACAAAUGAGAUGAGCGAAAGUACUAAAUCAAGUGUAGAACUCAAAGGCCUGAAAGCCAGUGCAAUGGAAAAGCUGUUAGAAUUUAUUUACACAGAGGAAGUGGAGGUAACUGUGGAGAAUGUCCAAGAGCUACUGCCGUCUGCUUGUCUCUUGCAGCUCAAAGGUGUGGAAGAUGCAUGCUGUGCCUUUCUCACUACACAACUUGAUGCUUCUAAUUGCAUUGGGAUCGCCAAGUUUGCUGAGAGUCAUGCAUGCAUGGGACUCCUAAACGCUGCCGAGGGAUACGGCUGUCGUUACUUUAGUGAAAUAGUGAAACAUGAAGAGUACUUAUCUCUAGAAGUAGAUGAAGUGGCUAAGCUCAUCAAGAGAGAUGACUUAGAGGUUGAAUGUGAGGAGCCAGUGUAUGAAGCCGUGAUGAUCUGGGUCAACCACAAUGCAUCAGAAAGACAGGAUCUUCUUCCUACAUUACUACAAGAUGUCCGUAUCCCCCUUAUGACACCCAAGUUUAUUACAGACGUUCUUGACAAGGAGCCUUUAAUCAGGCAGAGCUUAGCCUGUAGGGAUCUCGUUGAUGAGGGAAAACGAUUUCACUUACGUCCUGAUUGUAGAGCAGAGAUGACUGGAAGUAAUUUCCAGUCAAGAAGUGGUGGAGAUGAAAGGCUCGUUGUGAUUGGUGGAUUUGGAAGCCAACAGGUUCCACUGAAUAUCGUCGAGGAAUACAGCCCAAAGACAAAGGAAUGGCACUCCUUACCAGACUUGAGUAGAAGACGGCGUUAUUUAGCCGCCGUGAUGCACAGUGCCCAUAUCUAUGCUGUUGGAGGUUAUGAUGGCUCAACAAGACUUAACAUUGUAGAAUGCCUCAAGUUUACUCAGGGUCAACCCACCUGGGUGUCGAUGGCCCCUUUGAAUGUCAAGAGAGGACUGCCAGGGGCUGCAGUGCUUAAUGAUGCUAUAUACGCUGCUGGAGGCUUUGAUGGAAAUACCCGGCUGACAUCUGCUGAAUGCUACGAUCCUCGCAUUGACCGCUGGACCAUGAUUCAAGACAUGAACACUGGACGAGAGGGUGCUGGCUUGACCACGGCCAACUCAGUGCUAUAUAGCAUUGGUGGAUAUGACGGCAACAGCAUACUGGAUUCGGUUGAGAUGUUUGAUUCUCGGAGUGGACAGUGGUCGGCUGUGGCCUCCAUGAAAGUCAAACGAUCAGGUGCUGGUGUAGCCACAAUCAAUGAUAUGAUCUACGCCGUUGGGGGCUUCAAUGGUUCCCAUCAUCUGGCCUCAGUAGAAUGCUACAAUCCGAGAACCAACUCCUGGUCUCUUGUAGCUAGCAUGACCACAGCUAGGUGCUAUGUGGGAGCUGUUGCUAUACAGGGCAAAGUUUGUGCCGUCGGAGGGUGCGUCUACAUACAUGUCUACAACCAAAUGAGUUUUGAUACUCGAUAUGAUGGAAGAAGUCUUCUUAACACUAUAGAAACAUACGAUCCAGUCAACGAUAGUUGGGCUCUGGAAGGAACAAUGGCUCAGAAACGCUGUGAUGCUGGAGUCUCUGUGCUACGAAUGAGUGACCCAAGAGUUAGCGCUGUAUAAUAAGGAACAGAUUAUUAUUUUGGCACACCUAGCGUGGAACCAUGAACCGAGAUAACGUAAAAAGAGGGUGUUUUUGAGGACGGACCAGUCAAAAUUUCAAGGGCAGAUCAAUCUCCUGCUUUUUUAAAUGUUUGUUUGCAGAUUACUUAGUUAUUUUGCAAAGUUUCAUUUCAAUCAGACUCUACAAAUGGAGUUACAAGGCAAUCUGUGAAGUAAAACUUUUUCUGUAUUCUUUUCAAAACAGGUGAAUUUUAGAAAUCUUUUCUCUUAAAGCUUUAGUUGGGACUCUUGCCAAUGUUUAGAGUUUUUCAAUGAAGCGCCUUACCGUCACCUGAAAUCUUUGUGUAUAAUUGGAAAGUUAAUUUUGUAGAGAACUAAAAAAAACCAAAAAUCUAACCCCCCAAAAUGAGUUUUGUUUUAUUUCAUAAUGCCCAGUCACAAGUCUUGUGCACUCUGUUAGUGUGACCUUUAAACACUGUCUGCAAUACUUAUUACUGAUGUGCACAAUUGAAAUAAAUCAGUCGGCACAGUGUGAUAUGAUUAUCGCCCGCUAUGUCACAUACUUGACAAUUUAGCCAUUCAAUUGGUUAUGCAGUGUAUGUGUAGAAAUCUUUAAGAGUGCAUUGUCUAGUUACGUUGCCUUUGUGUUGCACCUAAAAUAUAUAGCAUUUUGACGGUGCUAGUCGCUUUAAGCAUUGCAUAGUAAGGCUGGACCCAUCAAAAAUUGAAAGCUAAGCUGGAGGGUAAACUGGAAACAUUGAAGCAGUGUUAAACAUAAAUGGCAAUGGAUGGGAUAAAAAAUUUAAGUUGUAAACGGGAGAAAUCUACUAAACUUAUAUUUAAAAUGGUACAUCUGUCUUGUUUAUGAAAUUACAACUUGAAAAAUAAGUUACAUUUACAGCAAAAUUGCUAGUUUAGAAAACAAUGAAAGCAGGACAGUUUCUGUCAGCACAUUUUAAAGAGGCUUAUGUCUUCAGCUUUCAGACUUUUCAAAUGUACAUUGUACAGUUUAGACAUUCACAGGAAACUGGAUUUGUGUAGCAGUGUUUAGUGAAUAAAUACAUGAAAUCUUGAACAAU